AUGUCCAGAAUUAUCAUGAUGUUUGCCAUUCUUCUAGUGGCCUCUCACUUGUCCUCUUCUGUGAUUCUCAGACCAAAGUGGUAUCCUUACUUCAGGAGGGACAACCAAGAAAAUGGAGCUGGCACCGGACAACAGUCUGUCCUGGCCACAGAAGCUCUAGCCAGACAAAUUCGCAACCCGGAGAUGGAGGUAGUUUCUGUUUGUCAGAACGGAAUGACCACUGAUGAAUGCGUAGACAAGAUUGCAGCUGUUGUGGGCAAAAUUCUACAACUCAGCAAUCAGAAAUAUUUAUUGUACUGA